AUGACUUUCCUCCGCGUGGUGUCCGGCUUCUCCCUGAGAGAACGGGCGAGAAGUUCGGCGCGGAGUCGAGAGGAGCCCGACGAGGCGGGCGGGGCCUCUGGUCCGGACGCAUCCCCGCUGAGGCGUUCCGGCCGAGACCCCCGGAACAACCCAGGACACGCCGGAGGGACUACGCCGGACGGAGUGGCUGAGGAGAGGGAAGUCCCGGGGGUCCCCGCUGAGCUACUCCCCCCCGACAAGCGCCGGAACGUGAUUGACACGAGACAUCAGACGACCCCACCCCCCACCCGAGGGUCAGCCGGCCUCCCAUUGGCCGCCGGCCUGAUCCCGCGCACCAUAAAUGGUCCCGGUCGGCGACGGUGCAUCUUUGCCACGUUCACCAUGCUGGCGGGGGCGGGCGGCGUUCCUCGGCCCGCGUCGGAAGCGACGCAGGACAAGUCCAAAGUCAAGUUGCCGUCUGCCGCCUUUCCCGACAAGUCCCGCCUUCACGCUUCUGGCUUCCGGUCCAAAGGCUUCGCCAUCACGGACCUCCUGGGCCUCGAGUCCACGUCGGCGGCGUCCGGAGGGAGCGAGCCUCAGGGAGGCGGCGGGGGUCCGGCCCAGACUCUAGGGGGUGCCUUCUCCUUUCCGGGCGCUUCCCUUCCCCUGGGUCUGGGCUUCCUGUGCAGCCUGGCGGCCCAGCAGCCCCCCGGGUCGGCCGGAGGACCCCCCUGCUUCCUGCCGGGUCACCUGCCCCUCCUGCAGAGACCCGACGCCCGCUUCCUGCACGGGGCCGACCCCCACGCCGACGCCUUCUCCGAUGAGGAGGUUCUGUCCGACCACAACGAGUCCAAAAGUUGCUCGUCGUCGCAGAAGAGGAAGAAGCGGCGCCACAGGACCGUGUUCACGUCGCACCAGCUGGAGGAACUGGAGAAAGCCUUCCACGAGGCGCACUACCCCGACGUCUACGCCCGAGAGAUGCUCGCCGUCAAGACGGAGCUGCCCGAGGACCGCAUCCAGGUGUGGUUCCAGAACCGCCGCGCCAAGUGGCGCAAGCGCGAGAAGUGCUGGGGCCGCAGCAGCGUGAUGGCCGAGUACGGCCUGUACGGGGCCAUGGUCCGCCACUCCAUCCCGCUCCCGGAGUCCAUCCUCAACUCGGCCAAGAACGGCAUGAUGGGAUCUUGCGCCCCCUGGCUGCUCGGAAUGCACAAAAAGUCUUUGGAGAUGUCCAAAAAGGCCGUCACGUGCUGCGCGGACCGUUCGGACUCAAAGCGCUCAUCGGAGGCGGGCCAGGACAACGCGGCGGCGGCGGCGGAGGAGGGGGACGACGAGGAAGAGGAAGAGGAAGAGGAGGAGGAGGAGGAGGAGGAGGAGGAGGAGGAGGAGGCCAUGGAUUUGUCCAGCUCCUCCAAACAGCAACAGGACGACGUCGGCGCCGAGCAUCCGAUCGCGGUGACCGACGUUCUUCCGUCCCCGCGCGACAACCGAGGGGAAUCCCGCGAACGCGUCCUGUCGCCAUGAUGACAAACGCCCGGAGGGACCGGUUGCCCCCGCCGAACGUCAGCCUUCUUGGAGCUCCACCUCCACGACAGCGCCUCGUCAGCAAAGACCACAUUUGCACGCGUGCUAAAGAGUUAGCUGCUAGCUGUGCGGAUAAACGCUAGCUGCCGCUCGCUAAAUCCUAAUCGGGGAGGGAACGGAUGUGACGGCGCCGUCAUUUUUUGUUACUUGCAGUGCGUCAAGAAAGAUUUAUCCAUCCAUUUUUCGUAGCGCUUCUCCUCACGCGGGUCGCCUGUGCCCGCUAUCUUCGGGCGAGAGGCGGGGCACGCCCUGAACCGGACGCCACGCGUGUUUUUGGGAUGUGGGAGGAAAGCGGCGGACCCGGAGAAAAGCCACGCGGGCACACGGGGAGCGCACGCAAAACUCCGCACCGGCCGGUCCUCACAACUGUCAGCCAGAUGUGCUAACUGUGCCGCAACGUGACUGUAAAUAACGAAUUACGACCUUUCGUCAAGACCACGUUUGUGUUUCCUGUUAACGACGGGCCGCUUGGUCUUUGAUUUGAUGUUUCGUCUUUUGAAAUUGAACAGUGACGUUUUUAUGGAAGCUGCACAAGAAAUAAAACCUAUUUUUGCUUUGUGAAAUCUCAUCAUUCAUAUCAGUAAUUGUUUGAUGCAAUCGCUAAAAGAUAUUGUUCAGUGACGGCGCUCGUGGAGCGACCG